AAAUAAAACCAGCUCUCUAGCCUUAAAUCUCUUCAAUGAUCAAUACAAAUAAAUAUUUUGUUUCGCUAGUAAUUAUUAGAAAAGUGUGAUUGAGUAUUUAUGGAUAUGUUAACUUAAGGGAUUUAAGACAAAGUUAAGCUAUGUCCAGUGAGCGGGAUGACCGCUGGUCAAGCUUCAAGACGGCCCUGGUGCAGCAGAAGCUGCUACAGGAAAUGCGGGACAAGAACGCCCAGGAUGUCACCACCUUGGACGACUGUCUGAGGCGAAUACUUAUGAUGAAGGCACAGCGUAAACAACAGGAAAACGCAUGCAAGGCAGCCAAUAGCUUAGUAAAACAGAUAACAGGCUUUGCGCAUGCGCUGAACCCGGAGUGGAAGACAUACAUUCCGGCAGGAAGUGACGGUGGAGUGAACACGGUGCCGCUAAGGUCACUUGCCAAGGACGCGUAUGAGUGUAUGGUGCCGCUCGUACGACCCAUGAGGCUUGAUGGAUUUCAGGUUGUCCAGCGGCCCCUUGACGAGAUGGCCCAGCAUCGGUGCCUCAUUCAGCUAAACGAUAAUCUAUCACGCCAGGAGCGGAAUCUGGUAGCCAGCCAAUGGGAGGACUUCAUUGACGUAAGCGGCUGUCUGGGGCCAAGGGCCAUUCUCAAGUGGUUCAACAAAGGCUUGGCGGACACGGUUCCGGUUGUGUUGUCGGAGAACCAUAACGUUGACAAACUGGCGUGCGCGGUGGGGGAUGACGGCACGGCGACGUUAAACGCUACCGUCACCGAGUUCAACGGUGAACAGCUGCACGUGUGCGUGUUAUCAAUCAACAUCUACCCAGUAUACGUGAUGGACAGGCUGCCCACGUCCCUCAAGUUGGCGGCCCCUAUCCCGUGUUUCGGGGGCUACAUCCAGGGCCAGAAGCGCUUCCGGCAACUAGUGCACGAGGACAUGGAAAACGGAAAGCACGUCGCUUUCCUCGACCCAAAGAUUGAACAGAACAACAGCCCCAUCACUCGCUGUAUGCCCAAGGACGGCCUAUCAUGGAAAAUGAAUCUGAGCUUCACCGAGUAUCACGUGUACGCCAUUAUCGACAAGUACUGCCGGGGCCUCGAUUUCCGUCACGUGCUCGUGCUCGUCAGCCUGCUGCGCGAGGAGAACCCGGAGCUGAGCGUCCUUAACAACGACAUCCUCGUGAGCACGCUCUUCUCUGUCUCCCAGAAACACAUUGAUGUCAUGCGCACCAAAGACCAAUGGAUGUUCACCACUAUGCAGACUCUCUGUGAGGGGCUCAAACACAAUUUCUUGCCUUGCUUUUACCUGCCACGUCAAAAUCUGCUGGAUACCUACCAUAUUUCUAAGACAAAGCAAGGAAGGGCGCUUGAGAAACUUGGGCAUAUUUUGACGUCAAUUAAAUGCAACCCGAAAGCGGUUUAUAAAUUCACUGGAUAUACCUCGCUGGAAAGCAGAAAUGGCAGUGGUAAACCCAGGAUUUUCCGAGCGAAGAAAAAUGGGUCAGCGCAUGCUAAAAAUGAUAAUGAAAACCCAUCAAGUGACGUCGCAGAUGGCCAGUUAGGUGUCAAUGAUAUCGUCAGAGAUUCUGCAAAGAUAUGGCGUUCUCAUAACAAGAGCGCAGCUAAAGAUGACGUCACUGAGAUAAGUAGAGUAACAAGGGGAGAACGAAGCGACAUUUAUUAA